AAUUUCAUUACAACUCAAUUCGGUAGAGAGACGAUGGCGAAAGAUAGCGGCAAGAGAAGGCAGAGGCCGAACAUACUGGUGACGGGCACGCCUGGAACCGGCAAAACGACGACUUCCACUGCACUGGCGGAGGCCACUCAGCUCCGCCACCUGAAUAUUGGAGAUUUGGUCAAAGAGAAGAACUUGCACGACGGCUGGGACGAUAAGCUCCAGUGCCACAUUAUCAACGAGGACCUGGUAUGUGAUGAGAUUGAGGACGUGAUGGAAGAAGGUGGAAACAUCGUAGACUAUCACGGCUGUGAUUUCUUCCCGGAGAGAUGGUUCGACCUCGUCGUGGUUCUUCAGACCGACAACACUGUAUUAUAUGAUCGCUUAACUAAGAGGGGUUAUGAAGGAAGCAAGCUUUCAAACAACAUAGAAUGUGAAAUAUUUCAAGUUCUGCUUGAGGAGGCUAAAGAAAGUUACCCAGAGAAUAUUGUUAUAUCACUAAAGAGUGAUAAUGUUGAGGAUAUCAGUAGAAAUGUUUCGACUUUGACAGAUUGGUUUAGGAAUUGGCAUCCCACAUCCUAACUCUCGUUUUCUAUGUGCUGUUGCCAUGCUAGUAAAAGCUUCAUUUUUUUUUAUUUGUGCACUUGUUUUUCUACCGUUGUUACUAGUGUACUCAGCUUUUGAUAAUUUUGGAUAUUUAGUAGUCUUUCUGUGGGGUUUGAGAAGAUGUAAUUGUUAGUUUAUGAAUGGAUGCAAAUGUGAAUUUCUUCUUUUUGCCCAACUAGUCUACUUAUUA